AUGGCGAGCGCCUCGUACCACAUCUCCAAUCUGCUGGAGAAGAUGACGUCCAGCGACAAGGACUUCAGAUCUGACAGGGGCCUUGGCGCUGACCGCUGGGCUCUCCACGGUUUUCGGGGCGUAUUUCGGGGGCACGAGGCACGGCUUGGCCCUCGUGCACCUCCGCCCCUGUUCGCAAGGCCAGGGACCUGGGUCGGCCUGCUGCAGACGGCGAAGUUAAACAGCGGGAAGGGCUUUCAAGUUCUCGAGACCAGGUCGGUCAGCCCGAAAUCCAACUUUCCGGGCGUUUAUGGGGCGGUGCUCCGGCGGGCCGCUCAGGCCCCGCCAGCGCGCGCCCCGCAGACGUCUUCCUCGUGCCCACGACUCUGCGGCUUCGGCCACCUGUCCCCUUUGUCCAGGCGCUCCAACAACCUCUGUGUGUGUCACCGCCCGCCUGGCAGAGGAGGUCGCAGGCGGCGGGCCAGCGCCAGGGACCCGAGCAGAGACGCGGCCGCACGUGCAGGCGCCCCGCGCGCAGGCGCACCACACCCUCCGCGGCUGCGCGCCCCCCGCGCGGCUUGGCGCCUGCGGGCCUCCGUAGGCCGGCGUCUCCAUGGCGACCGCGUGGGUCGGGCGGCCUCCAUUGUUGGGCUGCCGCUCUGCGUGCCCCGGGCGUGCGGCCUGCUAGUGGGGCGGAGCGCCGCAGUGCUGGAGGGGAGCUGCUCUUACAGGAUUUGCCCUGGGGCUGCUGGUCCCGAGGGCCUCGCAGGUCAAGCCAGGAGCACGCCUGCCUCCCCGUCCAGAGACAUUCACGGGGGUGUUAAGGGGGUCAUCUUUUCUUCCUCACCAAUUUUAGACUUGAGUGAAAGUGGCCUUCACCAUUUAGGAGAGAUCUUUAAAAUCCCCGCCCUUAAACAAUUGCAUCUUCAGAGAAACGCCCUCUGUGCGAUUCCUAGAGAUUUCUUUCAGUUACUGCCAAACCUGACUUGGCUAGACCUCCGGUUUAAUAGGAUCAAAGCGCUUCCUUCUGGGAUCGGCUCUCACAAGCAUUUGAAAACUUUGCUUUUAGAAAGAAAUCCUAUCAAAAUGUUACCUGUGGAGCUAGGGAACGUGACUACACUAAAAGCACUGAACUUGAGACAGUGCCCUCUGGAAUUCCCCCCUCAGCUGAUUGUGCAGAAAGGGUUGGCCGCUAUCCUGACCUUCCUGCGGAUCUGUGCAGCAGAACACUCCUCCCCCCGAGACUCAGCUUCUCGAGCGAUUUCACCAGUUAAAAAGAGGAACCUAAGUGAGCUGCCACAUGCCCUGUCAGAUUUAUUUGAAGACACUGUGCCCAACAGAGAAACUGUUAACUCUCAGGAUCGAAAGGAGCCCAUGUUAAGAGAAAAGGCAGACUUUUUCCCACCUGUUGAAAAACUAGACCUGAGUGACCUCAGAAAGUCCGCCGAGCCCUCGGAAGACUGGCCGAGUGAGGAGGAGAUCAGGCGCUUCUGGAAGCUGAGACAGGAGAUCGUGGAGCACGAACAAGCAGAAGUCCUUAAAAACCAGCUCUUGCCGAUGGAAUUGCCUCCAAACCUCAAGGCAGCGUUAAACACUAAGGAGAAAGAGCGUUCCAACCCAAGACACGUUUUCAGAAGGAAGACACCCUCCUUCAGGGGCGUCCUGCCUGACAUCGCGUCAUCACACCAAGCUGCGCUCCGAGGAAGAAGGCUGGAGGAGAGCUGGGCCUCGGCCCUCAGAGAGCUCAGGGAGAAGCAGGCUCUGCUGGAGCAGCGGAGAAGGGAUAAGAGAGUGCUGCAGGAGUGGAGGGAGCACACCCAGAUGAUGAGGAGGAAGAAGGAGGAACUGAGCAAGCUGCUGCCCCCACAGAGGACUCUGGUGGGAUCAAAGAUUCCCUUUGCCACAGAUCUGAUGGAUAAUGAGAAAAUACCAAAGAAUCCAUCUGGAAAAACGAGACAAAGCAGAGAGAAAUCGUCGCCAGCAAGUAGAGAAGCAAGUGCCUUCCACGAGGGGAAUUUAGAAGAACAGCUAAAGCAGCACAUACAGCAAAUGCACGAACAAAGAAAAAGAUUUCGAGGGGUGGCACCACUCGAGGAAAUAAGGAAGGCUACCCAGGAUUUGGAAAUCGCCAGAACGCUACAGGAUCAAGUAAUGAAACUAAAAUUGGGAUCAACCUUGAACAAAAAUCAUCAAUUCUCAACUCUCUCUGGGAAGCUUUCCCUUCGGCCAUCUGCAUCACAGCCUCAGAAUAUAUUUUUUAACGUGAAAUACUAAGAAUCUGAAAAAGUUGACAGGUGCUAA